GGGAGCAGGCUGGAACCCAGCAGAGACCCCAAAGUGGACAGUCCUCCUAUCAAGGAGCACAUAGGUUGGGGACAAGAAGGGAAACCAUUAAGCAAACAGAGCAGUACUCCAGAGGCUACAGAGGUGAACGCAGUGGAGCAAGGUCCCCGAAGAGAUUUCGUAAUUAUGAAAAUCCGUGCAUCCGUAAACACACACACCCGGAUGCUCACACAUUCCCGGAAAGCUUAUGGCCACCAUAACCUGGCAUUCCCCAAAGUGGGCAGUGUAUACUCCUGGGACACACAAGGUGACUUUAGGACCACACUAGGAUGAAACUUUUAAAAUUUUAGCAGUUAUGCAUUGAUUUUGAUGUUUCCCCACUGCAAUACUAAAGAAUAGUUCUUAAAAUUGUUAUGUAUUUAUUUUAGUGUGUUAGAAAAACAUGGGCAUUCCAAGUGUGAGCCUUUCCACUCGUCCAUCCCCUUCUCCUCCAAAUUCUACAAGAAUGUCCUUCAAGGUUCAUUCAAUCUCACACCACCUUGUUAAUUUUUGUUCUGUUGCCAACCCUCUAUCCAGGGGUUGGCGCGCUCUUUCUUAAAGGGCCAGAUAGUACAUCUUUGAGGUUUUGAGGGUCCUGUGGUCUCUGUCCCAACUACUCAGUUCUGCCAUUGCAGCAGGAAAGCAGACACAGAUAACAGUAAACAAAUAGGUGCGACUGUGUUUCAAGAUAACUUUACUCAUAGUCACUGAAAUUUGAAUUUCAUGUCAUUUUCACCUGUCAUGACAUAUUAUACAUUUUUUUAAUUUUGUUCAACAGUUGAAAUAUGUCAAAACCAUUCUUAGCUCACAGGCUGUACAAAACCAGGCAGCUGGCCAAACUCACCCUUCGGGUGGGGAUCUGCCAACCCCUGCUGUAGACUAUCUGAGAUACUUUCAAUAGUUUAUGCAGUGUGCCCAGGUCUGGCCUCCUCUCCGCAUGUACAUGGUCUCUCACGUUAUUGCUUUCUCUUGUUCAAAAGAGAGACCAACGCGUCUUAGAGAGAGCCUAGAGAUGUGCCAGUCCCAACUGAGAGUUUCUCUUUGAUUUAAUAGUAGGGAUUGAAAGAGACUUGAAGCGAGUAUAACGUGUUUACCCGGUGAGUAAAUUUCGUUUCCUGCUGUUCCUUCAUACCUAAAGCAUCUCUCCUGUGCUGUUGGAGCAAGACCCGCAUCGUGGAAAACACUGGUGGGCUGGGGCCCUCGUGGUGCAUCAUUUAUGUGUCAGUUACAGGUCAAGAUCGAUCUGCAACAGCCCUUACUGCUUUUUCUUCUGCAUCUUUCACGUUGGCACUGUUAAAUGACGACGCUGGUGCUCGGGUUCGCCCUCAUAAUCCUCUGCACCUCCAGUGUGUCUGUCGCUCUCUGGAGAAUCCAGCGGGGAACGCCCCAGGCCCCGGAAUUCCUCAUUCACCCCACCGUGUGGCUCACCACGAUGAGCCUCGCCGUGUUCCUGAUCCACACGGAGAGGAAGAAGGGGGUCCAGGCAUCUGGGGUGCUGUUUGGGUACUGGCUGCUCUGUCUUCUCUUGCCAGCUACCAGUGCCACCCAGCAGGCCUCGCAGCGGGACUUCCAGAGUGACCCCUUCCGCCACCUGUCAACCUACCUGUGCUUGUCUCUGGUGGUGGCACAGUUCAUGCUGUCCUGCCUGGCCGAUCAACCCCCCUUCUUCCCUCAAGGCCCUCAGCAGUCUAAUCCAUGUCCAGAGGCUGGGGCCCCCUUCCCCUCCAAGGCCACGUUCUGGUGGGUUUCUGGGCUGGUCUGGAGGGGCUACAAGCAGCCGCUGGGAUUAAAAGACCUCUGGUCGCUUGGGAGAGAAAACUCCUCAGAAGAACUCGUUUCCCAGCUUGAAAGAGCAUGGACGAGGAACCACGGCGCGGCCCGGCGGCACACCAAGGCGACGGCAUUGGAAAGGAAAGGCAGCCAUGGCCUGGAGGCCCCCGAGACCGAGCCCCUCCUGCAGCGAGGGGGGAGCCAGAGGGGCCCGCUGCUGAGGGCCAUCUGGCAGGUGUUCCGUUCCACCUUCCUCCUGGGGACCCUCAGCCUCCUCAUCAGUGACGUCUUCAGGUUCGCUGUUCCCAAGCUCCUCAGCCUUUUUCUGGAAUUUAUUGGCGACCCUGAGGCCCCAACCUGGAGGGGCUGUCUCCUCACGGUGCUGAUGUUCCUCUCCGCCUGCCUGCAAACGCUGUUUGAGCAGCAGUACAUGUACAGACUCAAGCUACUGCAGAUGAGGCUGCGAACGGCCAUCACUGGCCUGGUGUACAGAAAGGUCCUGGCUCUGUCCAGCGGCUCCAGAAAGGCCAGUGCGGUGGGGGACGUGGUCAACCUGGUGUCCGUGGACGUGCAGCGGCUAACCGAGAGUGUCACCUACCUCAACGGGCUGUGGCUGCCGCUCGUCUGGAUCGUGGUCUGCUUUGUCUACCUCUGGCAGCUUCUAGGACCCUCUGCCCUCACCAGCGUCGCUGUCUUCCUGAGCCUCCUCCCUCUGAACUUCUUCAUCACCAAGAAGAGGAACCACCAUCAGGAAGAGCAAAUGAGGCAGAAGGACUCUCGGGCGCGACUCACCAGCUACCUGCUCAGGAACGUGAAGAUGGUCAAGGCUCACGGCUGGGAGGGGGCCUUUCUGGAGAGAGUCCUGCGCAUCAGGGGCCGGGAGCUAGGCGCCUUGAGGACCUCCAGCCUCCUCUUCUCCGUGUCUCUGGUGUCCUUCCAAGUCUCCACGUUUCUGGUAGCGCUGGUUGUGUUUGCUGUCCAUGCUCUGGUGGCCAAGGAGAAUGCCAUGGAUGCCGAGAAAGCCUUUGUGACCCUCACGGUCCUCACCAUCCUCAACAAGGCCCAGGCUUUCCUGCCCUUUUCCAUCCACUCCGUGAUCCAGGCGAAGGUGUCUUUUGAGCGUCUGGCCGCCUUCCUCUGCCUGGAAGAAGUUGACCCUGGGGCCGUGCACUCAAGUCCCUCCAGAUGCUCUGCCGGAGAGGACUGCAUCCGCGUGCGCGAUGGCACCUUCGCGUGGUCCCGGGAAGGCCCUCCCUGCCUGCACAGGAUAAACCUCACCGUGCCCCAGGGCUGUCUGCUGGCUGUCGUUGGUCCAGUGGGGGCAGGGAAGUCCUCCCUGCUGUCCGCCCUCCUUGGGGAGCUGUCAAAGGUGGAGGGGUCCGCGAGCAUCAAGGGUCCCGUGGCUUACGUGCCCCAGGAGGCCUGGGUCCAGCCCACGUCCGUGGUGGAGAACGUGUGCUUCAGGCAGGGGCUGGACCCGCCGUGGCUGGAGAGAGUCCUGGAGGCCUGCGCCCUGUGGCCAGACGUGGGCAGCUUCCCUGCAGGGCUCCACACCCGAAUUGGGGAGCAGGGCAUGAAACUCUCUGGGGGCCAGAAGCAGCGGCUGAGCCUGGCCCGGGCCGUGUACAGGAAGGCUGCUGUGUACCUGCUGGAUGACCCCCUGGCGGCCCUGGAUGCCCACGUCGGCCAGCACGUCUUCAACCAGGUCAUCGGGCCUGGUGGGCUGCUCCGGGGGACGACGCGGAUUCUCGUGACCCACGCGCUCCAUGUCCUGCCCCAGGCUGACCGGAUCGUGGUGCUGGAAGAUGGGGCCAUUGCAGAGAUGGGUUCCUACCAGGAGCUUCUGCACAGGAAGGGGGCCCUGGUGGGCCUUCUGGAUCGAGCCAGACACCCAGGAGCCAGAGGAGAAGGAGAAACAGAACCCACGACCGGCGCCAAGGAUCCCAGAGGCUCUGCUGGAGGCGGGGGGCCUGGGGGUGGACCAGAGAGGUCCAUGAAGUUAGUCCCUGAGAAGGACAUCACCACCUCAGAGGCCCAGACGGGAGUUCCCCUAGAUGACACUGAGGGGGCAGGGCGGCCAACAGGAGAGGCCAGCGUGCAGUACGGCAGGGUGAAGGCGGCCAUGUACCUGACCUACCUACGGGCUGUGGGCACCCCGCUCUGCCUCUACGCGCUUUUCCUCUUCCUCUGCCAGCAAGCGGCCUCCUUCUGCCGCGGCUACUGGCUGAGCCUGUGGGCGGACGACCCUACCAUGGACGGGCAGCAGGCACAGACGGCCCUGCGGGGCUGGGUCUUCGGGAUCCUGGGCUGUCUCCAAGCCAUCGGGCUGUUUGCUGCCAUGGCCACAGUGCUCCUGGGGGGCGUCCGCGCCUCCAGCCUGCUCUUCCGGAGGCUCCUGUGGGAUGUGGCGCGGUCUCCCGUUGGCUUCUUUGAGCAGACACCCGUCGGGAACCUGCUGACCCGCUUCUCCAAGGAGACAGAUACAGUGGACGUGGACAUCCCAGACAAACUCCGGUCCUUGCUGGUUUAUGCCUUUGGACUCCUGGAGGUCUGCCUGGUGGUGACAGUGGCCACCCCGCCGGCCCUCAUCAUCAUCCUGCCGCUGCUGCUCCUCUACGCUGGGUUUCAGAGCCUGUACGUGGCCACCUCGUGCCAGCUCAGACGCCUGGAGACAACCAGGCACUCGUUCGUGUGUUCCCACGUGGCCGAGACGUUCCAGGGCAGCGCAGUGAUCAGGGCCUUCCAGGCCCAGGGCCCCUUGGUGGCUCAGAACAACACACACGUGGAUGAGAGCCAGAGGGUCAGUUUCCCGCAGCUGGUGGCUGACAGGUGGCUCGCUGCCAACAUGGAGCUCCUGGGCAACGGGCUGGUGUUCACAGCCGCCAUGUGCGCUGCGCUGAGCAAGGCCCAUCUCAGCGCCGGCCUCGUGGGCUUCUCUGUCUCCACCGCCCUCCAGGUGACCCAGACACUGCAAUGGGCUGUUCGAAGCUGGACAGACCUGGAGAAUAGCAUCGUGUCGGUAGAGCGGAUGAAGGACUACGUUUGGACACCCAAGGAGGCCCCCUGGAGGCUGCCCACCAGCCCAGCACAGCCACCCUGGCCUCGUGGGGGACAGAUCGAGUUCCGGGACUUUGGCCUGAGAUACCGACCUGAGCUCCCGCUGGCUGUGCGGGGUGUGUCCUUCAAGAUCCACGCGGGCGAGAAGGUGGGCAUCGUUGGCAGGACAGGGGCCGGAAAGUCCUCCCUGGCCAGUGGCCUGCUGCGGCUUGUGGAGGCGGCUGAGGGCGGGGUCUGGAUCGACGGGGUCCCCAUCACCUGUGUGGGGCUGCACACGCUGCGGUCCAAGAUCACCGUCAUCCCCCAGGACCCCAUCCUGUUCCCGGGCUCUCUGCGGAUGAACCUCGACAUGCUGCACGAGCACACAGACGAAGCCCUCUGGGCGACCCUGGAGACGGUGCAGCUCCGAGCCUUGGUGGCCAGCCUGCCCGGCCAGCUGCAGUACGAGUGCGCCGACCAAGGUGACAACCUGAGCACGGGCCAGAAGCAGCUCCUAUGUCUGGCACGUGCCCUUCUCCGGAAAACCCAGAUCCUCAUUCUGGACGAGGCCACUGCUGCCGUGGACCCGGGGACGGAGCUACAGGUGCAGGCCGCCCUGGGGAGCUGGUUUGCCCAGUGCACAGUGCUGGUCAUCGCCCACCGCCUGCGCUCCGUGAUGGCCUGUGCCAGGGUGUUGGUCAUGGACAACGGGCAGGUGGCAGAGAGCGGCAGCCCGGCCCAGCUGCUGGCCCAGAAGGGCCUGUUUUACCGGCUGGCGCAGGAGUCGGGCCUGGUCUGAGCCGGGCCCCUCAACCCUCCCCCUGCUGCGCCAACCCAGAGAGACUGCCCCGGAGAUGCGAGUGACCCGGGGGUCAUCGGUGACCCCACAGUGAGUCUAGACCCCUCUCGGCUCUCUGGGAGGAAAAUGGCAGAGCAAGUGGUCGAUCAUCACAGACCCAGGAGGAUGCAGCCAUCCCCGGGGUUGGCCUGACCAGAGCUCGUGCACCCUGGAGCCACAGUCGACAGCGGCUCUCAGCCCCUGCCCAGUGGGCUCACCUGGGGACCUCAGAGACCUGCCCAGGCCCAGGCUCCACCGCAGACCAAGGAAACCAGAACCGCUGGGGCUGGGCCACUGGUGUGUGUACUUUCUACAAAUUAACCCUUUUAUUUUGAGAUGAUCGUAGAUUGAAGAAAUAAUCCAGAGAGUUCCUGUGUACCCUUUACCUGCUUCCCCCAAUAAUAACAUCUUGAAAACCCACAGUACAGUAACAACCAGGAUAUUGACGCCAGUCCAAUCCACCGACAUUGUUCAGAUC